CGGGGCGCUGAUUCGGCCGGAGCUGCCAGCGGGGUGGCUGCUGCCGCGGGUUGUUACAGCUGCUGGAGCAGCACCGGCCCCGGUCCCGGCCCCGGGCACCCCUCCUGGGCCCUAGACGGCCGGCCCUGUACGCGGCAGGAGAGGGGCGGCAGGAUGAACGUGGGCACGGCGCACAGUGAGGUGAACCCCAACACGCGGGUGAUGAACAGCCGCGGCAUCUGGCUGUCCUACGUGCUGGCCAUCGGGCUUCUGCAUGUCGUGCUGCUCAGCAUCCCCUUCGUCAGCGUCCCUGUGGUCUGGACCCUCACCAACCUCAUCCAUAACAUGGGCAUGUACAUCUUCUUGCACACGGUGAAGGGGACACCCUUCGAGACUCCGGACCAGGGCAAGGCGAGAUUGCUAACCCACUGGGAGCAGAUGGACUAUGGGGUCCAGUUCACAGCGUCUCGGAAGUUCUUAACCAUCACCCCCAUCGUGCUGUACUUCCUCACCAGCUUCUAUACCAAGUAUGACCAGAUUCAUUUCAUCCUCAACACCGUGUCCCUGAUGAGUGUGCUCAUUCCCAAGCUGCCCCAGCUCCAUGGCGUCCGGAUUUUUGGAAUCAAUAAGUACUGAGGGCACAGCCCCGUCCCCUGCCUGGCUGGCGGGGGAGGGUAGAAGCCUGUGCUGUGAUGCUGAAGACAGACGGAGCCUCUGGAUCCUGCUAGAGAUGGGGGUCGAGCCUCUGGGCCCUAGUUUGCCCCCUCACUUCCCCUGGUAGCCUACUUGAAGUAGCUUGUAGUGGGGUUCGGGUGGGCCCCCCCCCAGGUCUCUGACCCUUUCUGAUAUUUUUGAUCUUUUCUUUUUGCCUUUUGGAUAGAGACUUCGUGGGGGCAGUCAUGGAAUGGGCUGGGCUCCCAGCUGAAUGCAGAUCUGUGAGGUUGGGACAAGAGAAACCCCUGCUCACUUGCUCAUCCUCAGACUGCUAAAGCACUUUAACCCCUGCAAGGGGAGCAUGGGGGACGGUACAGCUUCUAGAUGGUUUUACUUUAAUUCUUAAGUCUUUAGGAUGACACUCAGUAUGUGCUUGUACAUGUAAAAGCAAGCGCAUGAUGGUGCCCCAUCCCUCUGGGUGGAGAACUGUCUAUUGAGUCUUGUGCUUUUGGCAGCUCCCCUACAACCCACCCUGGGUACUGGAUUGGAGCGGGGAGGGUCAGGAGAAGGUGGGUGGGGCUGGGUGUGGCUGGCCUGAUCCCA